GGACGGAAGCACGCAGACCUCAGCAGAGCCAUGAGUAUCCUGGCCUUGUUAGCAGCGGGGGGCUCCCUGGGGGCCGCCAUCUGGGCAGGAUUUCAUCUCUGGACGCUCCUGCUGGGAGCCCUCGUCUUUCUGCUCUUUGUUGAUUUCCUCAGAAGGCGGCGCCCCCAAAACUACCCGCCGGGACCCUGGGGCUGGCCGUUCUUUGGUAACUUAUUUGACUUGGACUUUGAACAGUCGCACCUGUCCCUGCAGAAGUUUGUGAAGAACUAUGGGAACAUUUUCUGUCUGGAUUUUGGAGGUUUGCAUGGUGUUUUUGUAACUGGAUUGCCCUUAAUCAAGGAAGUGCUUGCAGAAAAGGCCCAAAGCAUUGUGAACCGCCCUGUGACCCCUAUCCGAGAGCGUAUUUUUAAGACGAAUGGGUUGAUCAUGUCCAGCGGCCAGGUGUGGAAGGAACAAAGGAGGUUUGCCCUGACAACACUGAGGAACUUUGGUUUAGGGAAGAAGAACUUAGAAGAACGCAUUCAGGAGGAGGCUCGCUGCCUUUGCGAGGCAAUAGAAGAGGAGAAAGGACAGCCUUUCAACCCUCACUUCAAGAUCAACAAUGCAGUUUCGAACAUCAUUUGCUCCAUUACCUUUGGGGAGCGCUUUGAGUAUCACGACGCUCAGUUUCAGGAGCUGCUGAGGCUGCUGGAUGAAGUCAUGUUUCUAGAAACACAAAAGUUUUGCCAGCUCUACAAUAUGUUUCCAUGGAUAAUGAAAUUCCUGCCAGGACCUCACCAACAACUCUUCAGAGACUGGGAGAAAUUGAAAUCGUUUGUUUCUCAUAUCAUUGAAAAACACAAGGAAGAUUGGGAUCCUGAUAAACCCAGAGACUUUAUUGAUGCUUACCUGAAGGAAAUGACAAAGGACACAGGUAAUAAGACUACUUCAAGUUUCCAUGAAGAAAACCUUGUCUUCAGCACACUGGACCUCUUCUUGGCUGGAACAGAGACAACUUCUACGACGCUGCGCUGGGCUCUGCUUUACAUGGCCCUCUACCCAGAAACCCAAGAGAGAGUACAAGCUGAAAUUGACAGAGUAAUUGGCCAGUCACAGCUUCCCAGCAUAGCCAACCGAGACCACAUGCCCUACACCAAUGCUGUCAUCCACGAGGUGCUCAGAAUGGGCAACAUCAUCCCCCUCAACGUGCCCAGGGAAGUGACGUUUGACACCACUGUAGCUGGAUACCACCUGCCAAAGGGGACCAUGAUCCUGACCAAUCUGACUGCGCUGCACAGUGACCCCACCAAAUGGGCCACCCCUGACACAUUCAAUCCGGAGCAUUUUCUGGAGAAUGGACAGUUUAAGAAAAGAGACGACUUUCUGCCCUUUUCAAUCGGAAAGCGGGCUUGCCUUGGAGAACAGUUGGCCAGAUCUGAGCUGUUUAUUUUCUUCACUUCCUUUUUACAAAAGUUUACCUUCAAGGCCCCGGCCAAUGAGAAGCUGAGUACGAAGUUCAGAAUGGGCAUCACUCUCAGCCCUGUCAGCUACCGUCUCUGCGCGGUUCCUCGAGGGUGAUGGCGCUGGAGGACGAUGGGGGUGAGAGAGUCGGGGGCAACCCGGGGAGGCUGCAAGCAACAUGGAGGGUGUUCUGAAGACAGCAGAGCCUGCUCAGAAGGGCGGGAACAGAACCAAGUAGCGCUGGAGAAGGAUCUCAGGAACGGGACUAAGAGCCCCUAAAUCCAAAUCCCAGCUCCCCACCUCUUUCUCUUCCUAAUGGAUCCUUACAUAGACCAUUUAUGUCCUCUAAGAAUCAAAGGAAAUGAUGGAUGUAAAGUGUUUAUAAACCAAUAAAUACACCAUUAAAGUUUUUGGAA